AUACACAGAAGACUUGGUAGCUUUAAAUUAGUCUGUUGCUCAUCCACAAAGACACAGCUAUUGUUUGUUUCAGCACACAUGGAGGAAAACAAACUUUGUAACCCUGGCAAAUAAGACUGCGGCUUUCUUAUCAAAAGUAGGAGGUAGACCAAUUAUAAAGGGAGCAUUUUAUACUUAGCCUCCAAGACUUUAACUCUGGCCUGAACACCGGACAUGAAUAGAAGCCAAUUUUAAUGACCUGAGAUUUUGCUACGUGUGCUUCAUUAUUGUUAUCAGUUCUUUAACACUUUGGUACUUUAUUUCUUUAAAUUAGAAAUGGGUUUGUGGACUAGAAUGUGGCCCACAGAUUGGGCUGUUGUAAUGAAAUCAUGGCUUAUCUUUUCCCUGGGGCUGUACAUGCAGGUCUCCGAAACUUUGGCCUGCCCAAAAGUGUGCCGCUGUGAUCGAAACUUUGUCUACUGUAAUGAGCGAAGCUUGACCUCAGUGCCUCUCGGGAUACCAGAGGGUGUAACCGUCCUCUACCUCCAUAAUAACCAAAUUAAUAAUGCUGGAUUUCCUGCAGAGUUGCACAAUGUCCAGUCUGUGCACACAGUCUACCUGUAUGGCAACCAAUUGGAUGAAUUCCCCAUGAACCUGCCCAAGAAUGUCAGGGUUCUCCACCUGCAGGAAAACAACAUUCAGACCAUUUCUCGGGCUGCCCUUGCUCAGCUUUUGAAGCUGGAAGAACUGCACCUGGAUGACAACUCCAUCUCCACUGUUGGUGUUGAGGAUGGAGCAUUCCAGGAAGCCAUCAGCCUCAAGCUUCUCUUCUUGUCCAAGAAUCACUUAAGCAGUGUACCAGUAGGCCUUCCAGUGGACUUACAAGAACUUCGAGUAGAUGAAAACCGAAUUGCUGUCAUUUCAGACCUGGCCUUCCAGAAUCUUACAAGUCUGGAGCGUCUGAUAGUAGAUGGCAAUCUUCUUACUAAUAAAGGCAUAGCUGAAGGUACCUUCAGCCACCUCUCCAAGCUCAAGGAAUUCUCAAUAGUGCGGAAUUCACUGACCUAUCCUCCUCCCGAUCUUCCAGGUACACAUCUGCUAAGGCUCUACUUGCAGGACAACCAGAUAACCCAUAUACCACUUACAGCCUUUUCAAACCUCCACAAGCUGGAACGUCUUGAUAUUUCCAACAAUCAACUUCGGAUGUUGGUAAAGGGGGUAUUUGAUAAUCUCCACAGUCUGAGGCAACUCACUGUAAGGAAUAAUCCCUGGUUGUGUGACUGCAGUAUUAAGUGGGUCACUGAAUGGCUCAAAUUUAUUCCUUCUUCCAUCAAUGUACGGGGCUUUAUGUGCCAGGGACCAGAGCAGGUCCGAGGUAUGGCAGUCAGGGAGCUCAAUAUGAAUAUGCUGUCAUGCCCCACCACCACCCCUGGUCUGCCACUUAUCAUCACCUCAGUCCCAGCUACAGCCAUGUCGACUACAUUAGCUCCCACCUCAUCGUUUCCUCCCCCAGGUAGCAAAUACAAUCCGCUCACUCCCACCAUAGCCACGCUCCCCACUGUGCCUGACAGGGAGAACAGAGAAAGGGUGACACCUCCUAUAUCUGAAAGGAUUCAACUCUCCAUCCAUUUUGUGAAUGAUACUUGCAUCCAAGUUAACUGGAUGUCUCUUUUUACUGUAAUGGCAUAUAAACUCACGUGGGUUAAAAUGGGCCAUAGUCUGGUAGGAGGAAUUGUUCAGGAACGUAUAGUUAGUGGUGAGAAACAACACUUAAGUUUGGUAAAUCUGGAGCCCAAAUCCACCUAUCGGAUUUGUUUGGUUCCACUGGAUACUUAUAACAAUUACCAAACUGGAGAAGACACUGUCUGUUCAGAAGCCACAACCAAGGCUUCCUUUUUGAGCAAUGGCAGCAACAUCCCCUCUAGCCAUGAGCAGACAACUUCUCAGAACCUGGGCUCCCCAUUUCUGCUGGCAGGGUUGAUUGGGGGUGCAGUGAUAUUUGUCCUCGUGGUCCUGCUCAGCAUUUUUUGCUGGCACAUGCACAAAAAAGGGCGUUACACCUCCCAGAAGUGGAAAUAUAACCGGGGCCGUCGGAAAGAUGACUACUGCGAGGCAGGGACCAAGAAGGACAACUCCAUCCUGGAGAUGACGGAAACCAGCUUCCAGAUUGUCUCCUUAAAUAAUGAUCAGCUCCUUAAAGGAGAUUUCAGACUGCAGCCCAUUUAUACCCCAAACGGGGGAAUUAACUACACAGACUGCCACAUCCCCAACAAUAUGCGAUACUGCAACAGCAAUGUCUCAGACCUGGAGCACUGUCAUACGUGAUAGUGAAGGGAGAUGGGGGUGUCUAGGACAAAGAGAAAAAACUCUGGGAAAAAUAACACCCCAAACAACAAUGAGAAAAUUACAUUUGAUAAAUGUUACAAAGAUGCAUUUGUGCAUUUGAAUACUCUGUAAUUUAUACGGUGUACUAUAUAAUGGGAUUUAAAAAAAAAGUGCUAUCUUUUCUAUUUCAAGUUAAUUGCAAAUGGUUUUGUAACUCUUUGCUUUUUAAAUCUUUAAAAAAUAUUGCUAAGUACUGUACAGGGUUGUACAAUAAGAACCCAGUGUCAUGGCAAAGGAAAGAAUGACUCAUUCUUCAAACAUUAACCACUUUGCUGUCGAAGCUGUCUGAAGGAUGUUAAGUUUCUAGGUGUCCUGUGGUACAGGAAAAUAAGUGCAUAUUAAAACAGGGUCACGCUAGGAACAGAAAGAAGCAAUUCAGAUAAAAUGGGUGCAAUCCUUCUGACUUGAACCCAGCAGUUACUGUUCAGCAUCAAACAAUUGGAAAUACUGUUCCCCUUUUUGUCAGUUGUGCAUUUCCUACCUCCAACAGAAAACUGGAGUUCUGAGUGCUACCAAAAAGGUUAUGUUUUUGUUUGAUUAUUUUUUCCCCAAUAUACUUGGAAUAGGAAGGGUAUGUAGAGCUCAGUGUCAAAGUGACCUUGAUUCCUAUUUGCAAAAGCUACUCUGAAAAUCUUCCUCAACACUAUAUACCUUUAAGAUAGAAACUGUUCCUGCUUUUCAUUAUGAUUAAGAAGCUUUAGGCAUUCUCUGACCCUUCUCAGUGGGAGAUGAAGGUUAUCAGUAUGUAUCAGAUAGCUGUCAUUAAGUUGCACCUCUCUUUAAUACAGCAGCAUUUGUUGACACAGCAUGUCCAGGUAAAGCCUGAAUGCGUGAAAUUCUGUGUGCUCCCAGCUCUGCAGUAUUCAUGUAGAGUUUGGAAUCUAAAAGUGUAAAUUGCUGAAAACAUAGUGCAAAAAAUGAUGCCAAUGGAAAGGUUUCUAUUGACUUUUAUGGUUCAAGCCUUAUUUGAUGUAGGGAUUGGAGUU